AUGGAGCAACAAGAAGAGAAGAAACUAAAAAGCUACAGAAGAAGAACACAAUCGUUUCCUCGCGAUCUAACCUCAGAGAUACUCUUAAGGCUGCCUGAGAAAUCUGUUGCAAGGUUCCGUUGCGUGUCAAAGCUUUGGUCAUCAAUCACCACCGAUCCAUAUUUCAUAAACUUGUUCGAAACUCGUUCCCAACAGCCGAGUCUUCUAGUCUGCUUCAGAAAAAAUGGCAAGCUGUUUGUUUAUUCGAUUCCUCAACAUACUCACACUCUUCAUCAGAAAUCGAACAAGUCUUACUCUUCUUCUCAACCGAUUGAUCGUUAUCAUAUGAAAAUCCCAGAUGAAUUUAGUUACUUGUCUCUUACGGAAUCUGUCCACGGCUUGAUCUGCUUUCAAGGAUCAGCAACGCCAACAGUUUUGGAACCCUAG